ACGUAAUUAUUAACGCUACAUACCGCGCCGUGUAAGUACCCCUCUAACCUCCGGUCGGUGAGGUACGUGGCGACACAACCAGCUUUACUCCGUCCGAGCUGCAAUAACAAACAUUGUCUCUCUAAAAGAUUGCCAACACUUUCGCCAUGGGGAAGACGUCAGGAAAUCAAGUUGAAAUGGAAAGGAUUGACCAGCGAUAUGGUGGCCAAAAUAAAGUGGAUCCGAGCCUUGGAUCGGAUGUCUACUGUGCAAUGUUCAUAUCAGGCUUCAUACUAUUUAUGACAUUUCCUCUGACUAUCUGGUUCUGUUUUAAGACGGUUGCAGAGUAUGAGCGAGCCAUUAUCUUCAGAGCCGGCCGUCUGUUACCCGGUGGACCUAAGGGACCCGGUCUGUUCUUCAUCUUCCCGUGCAUCGAUGAGUUCAGAGUCAUUGAUCUCCGGACACUGUCUUUUGAUGUUCCACCUCAAGAGAUCUUGUCCAAAGAUAGUGUGACAGUGACAGUUGACGCUGUGGUCUACUUCCGUGUGAGUGAUCCUUCCAUGGCCGUGCUGAACGUAGAGAACUACUCGCGAUCUACGGAGCUUCUAGCUGCCACCACCCUGCGUAAUAUCCUGGGCACCAAGACCCUGGCCGAGGUGCUGAGCCAAAGGGACGAGGUCAGCGGCAGCCUUCAGACCCUGUUGGAUGAUGCCACUGACCCAUGGGGAAUCAAGGUGGAACGGGUGGAAAUUAAGGACGUCAGUUUGCCUAGGCAGAUGCAGCGAGCAAUGGCCGCUGAGGCUGAAGCCUCCAGGGAGGCCCGAGCUAAGGUGAUUGCCGCUGAGGGAGAGCAGAAUGCCUCCCGGGCCCUCAAGGAGGCAGCUGACAUCAUCGCUGAGUCUCCCAACGCCCUCCAGCUCCGCUACCUCCAGACUCUUAACUCCAUCUCGGCUGAGAAGAACUCCACCAUCAUCUUCCCUCUGCCCAUCGACAUCCUGGCCGGCUUCAUGAAGAAAUGACAAUCAACGUCCACUACAGGCAAGCCUCGUGUGCAGAAGGAUGAAGGUAUGCCAAUGCUUGACAUGUAAGUAUUAUUUGGUAGUUUGGAAGUUUCUACUACUGUUUGUUAUGUUUGAGCAUUUUAUGAAUUGUUUUUCACUGUUUUAAAGCUCUGGACACGCUUGGUAAUUGUCAAAGACCAGUAUUCUCACUAGGGGGGCGUUU